UUGCAAUAGCGGUUCAUGCGCUACAUGAUACCGGCGGGCCAGCUCUAGUGUUUAAUUGGUAUUGCCUCGCGGGCCAAAUAUAACUACAUUGCGGACCAAAUUUGGAAACCAUGAUCGAGAGGGUCGUAGCCAUAGACUACAGUCGCCCCGGAGCGUUGUUUUGUUGACACUAGCGACGGAACGAACAUGUGCCCGCCGAGAGAAGCAGCUUAAAGUUUGUGAGGGUGAAUUUGUUGGGCAGCAGCGGGUGAAACGGGUCAAUACGGACUGCGAGCUGCUGCCGAGCCGCUUCCAUCAAACAGUCCGUCCGCUUCGAGGACUUCUCCGGCAUCUGGAGGGACAAGAGCUUCUCACACAUCGUCUGGUGAUUGGCAGAAGGAGGAUAGUCUGACGGAGGAGCAGAGGAACGUUGUCAGCCAUUUGGUCUGAGCUCAACAACAGAGGAAAAAUGGAUUCUUCACAAAAAAAACGUAAAAACAGCAAUGGAGUGAGACAUCAGAAAUCUGAAGAGGAAAGCAACACUUCCCCAACAACAACAAACAGAAAUGAAUCACUCAGUUGUGAACAAUGCGGCAAGACUUUUAUCACAGCAAAAAAGCUAAGAUAUCACCAGCGUUGUCACACUGUGGACAAACCAUUCAGCUGUGAUCAGUGUGGGAAGACAUUUACUCACAAGUGUAUAUUAACAAGGCAUCAAGUCAUUCACAGUGGAGUUAGAGCAUUCAGCUGUGAUCAGUGUGGGCAAACGUUCACUCGCAAGAGUCAUUUAACAAGCCAUCAACUCAUUCACAGUGAAGUUAGCCCAUUCAGCUGUGAUCAGUGUGGGAAAACAUUUACUAAUAAGUAUAGUUUAACAGCUCAUCAACUCGUUCACAGUGGAGUUAGACCAUUCAGCUGUGAUCAGUGUGGGAAAACAUUUACUCACAAGGGUAGUUUAACAGCUCAUCAACUCAUUCACAGUGGAGUUAGACCAUUCAGCUGUGAACAGUGUGGGCAGACUUUUACUCUCAAGAGUAAUUUAACAACCCAUCAACUCAUUCACAGUGGAGUUAGACCAUUCAGCUGUUAUCAUUGUGGGAAGACAUUUACUCAAAAGUAUAGUUUAAUAAAUCAUCAGUUCAUUCACAGUGGAGUUAGACCAUUCAGCUGUCAUCAGUGUGGGAAGACAUUUACUCAGAAGAAUAGUUUAACAAGGCAUCAACUCAUUCACAGUGGAGUUAGAGCAUUCAGCUGUCAUCAGUGUGGGAAGACAUUUACUCAAAAGGAUAGUUUAACAGCUCAUCAACUCAUUCACAGUGGAGUUAGAGCAUUCCGCUGUGAUCAGUGUGGGGAGACAUUUAGUCGCAAGGCUAGUUUAACAAGCCAUCAACUAAUUCACAGUGAAGUUAACCCAUUCAGCUGUGAUCAGUGUGGGAAGACAUUUACUCGCAAGAGUGGUUUAACAAGCCAUCAACUCGUUCACAGUGGAGUUAGAGCAUUCAGCUGUCAUCAGUGUGGGAAGACAUUUUCUCACAAGGGUAGUUUAACAAGCCAUCAACUCAUUCACAGUGGAGUUAGACCAUUCAGCUGUGAUCAGUGUGGGAAGACAUUUACUCACAAGAGGAGAUUAACAAGCCAUCAACUCAUUCACAUUGGAGUUAGACCAUUCAGCUGUGAUCAGUGUGGGAAGACAUUUUCUCACAAGAGUGACUUAACAAGACAUCAACUAAUUCACAGUGGGGUUAGAGCAUUCAGCUGUGAUCAGUGUGGGAAGACAUUUACUCUCAAGAUUAAUUUAAAAAGCCAUCAACUAAUUCACAGUGGAGUUAAACCAUUCAGCUGUGAUCAGUGUGGGAAAACAUUUACUCACAAGAGUAGUUUAACAAGCCAUCAGCUCGUUCACAGUGGAGUUAGACCAUUCAGCUGUGAUCAGUGUGGGAAGACAUUUACUUACAAGAGUAGUUUAACAAGCCAUCAACUCGUUCACAGUGGAGUUAGACCAUUCAUCUGUGAUCAGUGUGGGAAAACAUUUACUCUCAAGAGUCAAUUAACAACCCAUCAACUAAUUCACAGUGGCGUUAGACCAUUCAGCUGUGAUCAGUGUGGGAAAACAUUUACUCUCAAGAGUCAAUUAACAACCCAUCAACUCAUUCACAGUGGAGUUAGACCAUUCAGCUGUGAUCAGUGUGGGAAGACAUUUACUCACAAGAGUGGUUUAACAACCCAUCAGCUAAUUCACAGUGGAGUUAGACCAUUCAACUGUCAUCAGUGUGGGAAGACAUUUACUCACAAGAGUGGUUUAACAAGCCAUCAACUCGUUCAUAGUGGAGUUAGACCAUCCAACUGUGAUCAGUGUGUGAAAACCGUUGCUCGACAUGAAGAGUUAUUGAUCCAUCAAUGCCCCCAUUCUGGUAGACAGCUGUACCACUGUGACCACUGUGAAAAAACCUUCAAGCGCAAAGCAAGCCUAAAGUGUCACCAACGCAUCCACACUGGACAUGAUGUGUGCAUAUGUGACCACUGUGGCAAACUAUUUGCAAAUUUCUCACAGUUAAAAGCUCAUGCAGUUACUCACACCAGGGUUAAACCGUACCGCCGUGACCAGAAGGGGAAAGGCUUCAACAACACUGGAGUCGCUCACCAAUAUGACCACGCUGGGGACAGACCCUACAGAUGUGAUGAGUGUAUUAAGACUUUUAGAACUUUGGGUUCCCUAAAACAACACCAGCAGAUCCACACCAGAAAGAAAACAUUCAAGCAGGGUCACAGUAAGCAGAGCGACACAGAUAUGCACAAUGGCCACAAAGUGAACGCCUGCCAAGAAGAUUGCCUGAUGCCGGGUUCAGUACAAGUUCCUGAAGUCGUCCACAAACUUAAAGUCCUUGAGAUCAGACUCCACAGAAUUCAGGUGUAAUCUCUUGUUUAGUGAAUGUUGCACUAGACUGAUCAUGUUUUAAUCAUCUCUCUAUUUCUAUUUUCUGAUGAGGUUUCCUUAAUUUCUACUACAAAGUAAAAAUAAAGGAUCAGCAAGUACAGUCCUGUAAAGAGUGUUCACCCCACUUAGAAGUUUUUCCCCUGUUAUUGGUUUUAAUCCAGUAAAGAAUGAGUGACCAAGGACGAAAGAAGUGAGAGAGGUCACCAAGACACCUAAUACUCCUCUGAAGGAGUUCCAAGCUUCAGCAGCUGAGAUGGGAGAUACUGUAAAUACAAAAAAUGUUGUCUGUUUUUUACCACUCAAAGCUUUAUGGGAGAGAAAAAGAAAGACUCUGUCAAGAAAAGUUCUUAUUAUAUCUGGACUAGUGUUCAGCAGAAGACAUGGAGAUUUUGAAGUCAACUGAAGAAGGUUCUUUGGUUUGACUUUCUCUUUAUACUUUGGUGCACUGCUGUAGGGAGCAGGCUGAAAAUCCUGGUUUGAGCUUCAACACCAUGAACUUACUUUUGUUUUUGUUUUUAAAAAAAUGAAAUUGUAGCUUACAUACUGUUAAGUGUUGUCUUUUUCGAUUGUUUUAAAUGCUCAUUCAUUAAAUUUUCCUUUGGUUGCUUCAUUUAAAUCCACAUCCACUGGUUCUUUAGCGUAAAGUUUUAGCACAGUAUAUCAAAUGGUGUAGCAAAGCACCAACCAAACAACACGACCAAUCAACCAGACACAUCAAGCAAACAACCAACCAACCAAAACAAGCCAAAAGACCAAGCAGACAGGCCAUCCAACCAUUCAAUCAACUGACCGACCAACCAACAGACCAAACAAACAAGCAAACAACAGAUCAAGCAACCAACAAAACAAACAACAGGCUUGACCAACAGACAGCCAGUAAUUUGUUAAGUUAAUACAAAUUUAUGAUAAUCAACUCUGAACCCUUAAGAUUCAUCUUGCAUGAAAUGUAGUAAAAUAGUUAAAGGUCAUUCUCUCAACCACCUGCAAGGGCAAAACUGACAUAUACAGUAAUAUGCCACACCCAGGGGCUGGUUUUUUUUAAUUUUUUUUAUCCUAGAACUACUUUUUGCUUAUAGUCAAUGUACUUUUUCUUCAGUGUAAUUUACGUUUUUACUGUUAUUUUUACUUCAAUAAAAGGAUGUAAUACUUCCA